AUGAACAGCAUGUCCAAGAUGCAAGACGGCAGUGCCAAGCCAAAUACGGGGAAGGAACACGUCCCGGGGAAUGAGCUCUGGACCGAUGGGCUCAUCUGCGCUUUUGAGCUCGUCAAGGGUCACAGGAAGCUAAUUCGCCACAGAUCCUUGCCAAUUCAGGAUACAGGGGCCCCGUUGCAUACGAAGAAGCACGCAGGUAGGAACGGGCAUCAUGCCGUGAGCCCGGCACUACAUGAGAGCAAUGCAGUGGAAAUCCCCUGCCAGGCGGAGUUUGGUGUCGAUCCUUUUGUGGUCAAAGAUAGGAUACCACAUUCUGGUGAGAUUCUCGAGCACAAAUGGGUGCCGAUUGGGUGGUCGAGGAUUGCCGAGCUGGUCCAGAGGGUCCAGUCUGAUGCCAGCUGGGAGAACGAGCAGGUGCUGAUAAGCGAUAGCGAGGAUGAUUACACGGUGGCCGACGUUGCGGCUCCUUACUGGCAGCGUCCGGGGGGUCCUACUUGGUGGUUCCAUGUCACCGCAGGGCAUCCUUCAGUCGACGCGUGGUUGAGUAGUGCUCACUGGAUGCAUCCGGCUAUCAGAACUGCACUCAGAGAUGAAAACAGACUGAUAAGCGACCGGAUGAAGUACCUUCUCUACGAGGUCCCAGUUAGAGUUGCAGGAGGACUGUUAUUUGAGCUUCUUGGUCAGUCAGUAGGAGAUCCUAAUCAUGAAGAGGAAGACAUACCCAUUGUACUUCGGUCUUGGCAGACACAGAACUUCCUUUUAACUGCCAUGCAUGUCAAAGGACCUUCCUCGAACAUAAAUGUUUUAGGAGUGACUGAAGUGCAGGAGCUGCUUAUUGCUGGUGGAAGUCAAACACCCAAAACAGUUCAUGAAGUAAUUGCACAUUUGGUCAGUCGUCUUUCACGAUGGGAUGACAGAUUAUUCCGUAAAUAUGUCUUUGGGGAAGCAGAUGAAAUUGAAUUGAAGUUCGUCAACAGGAGAAAUAGUGAAGAUCUGAACCUAGUCAGCAUCAUAUUGAAUCAAGAAAUCAGAAGGUUAGCUACACAGGUGAUCAGGGUCAAAUGGUCACUGCAUGCAAGGGAAGAAAUUAUAUUGGAGCUUCUCCGCCAUUUACGGGGAAAUGCCACAAGAGUGAUUUUAGAGCGAGAGAGGAAAUCUGCAAGGGAGAUGCUCGAGGAGCAGGAAGCUGUCCGUGGUCGCUUGUUCACUAUUCAGGAUGUUAUGCAGAGCACUGUUCGUGCAUGGUUGCAGGACAGAAGCCUUCGUAUUACCCACAAUUUGGCUAUUUUUGGAGGCGGCGGCAUAGUUCUAUCCAUAAUCACUGGCCUCUUUGGAAUUAACGUCGAUGGUAUACCGGGAGCAGAGAACACGCCUUAUGCUUUUGGGCUGUUUGCAGGACUUCUUUUCCUUAUUGGAAUCGUCCUUGUUGGAGUUGGACUGAUGUAUCUUGGGCUGACAAAUCCAGUAACCAAUGAGAAGGUAAAGGUGAGGAAGCUGGAGCUCCAGCAGCUGGUUACGAUGUUUCAGCAUGAAGCAGAACAGCACGGCAAGGUCAGGGAAGGUUUCAGCCGGCACGGAUUGUC